AGCGGUUCUGGCCUCUUCACGCGUGUGAGAGCCAGCCAUCGCCAAAACCCUCACAUAUUCGAUCAACUAUGCAGCCGAGCCUUUUGCGCAUUUUCAAAGAUGCCAGCUCCGUCCCAGCGCGGUGCGAUACCACCAAGGGCGAACGCGAAUGCAAAUCAACUUCAAUUCCCACCCUUCUCCACGCAGAAUGACCAUCCCCAAGGCCACGCUCCGCCAACUGCCUACAGCACGCUGCCACCUCAUAUGCCUCAAAGGUAUGGUCACAGCCAGUACUCCCAUUACGCGCAGCCGGCUCCUCAGUCCCAUGCCUCAAAUCAUCAGCAAAGCCAUACCCAGACGCACGGGCAGACUCAUCCCAGUCAUCCUCAGAACCAUGUUCAGAACCAUCCGCAGAAUCACGCGCAGGGCCACGCCCCAAAUCACGUCCAGAACCAUCCUCAGAAUCAUGCCUCAAGUCACCAGAGUCAUUCGUCAACCCACACGCAGGCACAUGGACAGAAUCACGCCCAAACCCAUACCCAACAGCAGCAUCAACAACAGCAGCAGCAGCCGCCACAACAAACACAGCACCAUCAACAACCGCCGCAGCUCCCGAUGGAAUUUAACAAUUACUCUGGUGCCCCCUCUGGAAUGCAGCAAAUGCCACAAUUCAUAUACCCUCAAAACAUGCAGCAACAUCGUGCCAACGAGUCUAUUACCCAGAGCCCGCGUGGCCUGCCAAGUAGUAUGCUUGGGCAGCAACAGCAACAACAGCAGCAGCAACAGCAACAGCAGCAACAACAGCAGCAGCAGCAGCAACAGCAGCAACAGCAGCCUCAGCCCCAGCCACAGCGACGAUCUAGACAAGAUACACAUACGCCAAUCCAGACUUCGUUGAACCAGAGUAACAGUCAAAACAAUACACAGACUCCACCUAGUCUUGGUUACCAGAGUAGUCCUCGUCAUGGAUUACCAAACAACGCGUCGAACCAACAUAUUAACCCAACUGCCCAUCAAAUAAAUGCAUCGAGUCAGCACAUGAGCACGAGCAGUCAACCAUUGACUGCAUCGGCACAACACUUGCAACAGUCAGCCCAACACAUGGGCUCUCCUAAUCAGCAUAUCAGUGCUCAGAACCAGCACAUGAGUCCUUCCGUCCAACAUCUUAAUACUCCUGGCCAGCAGAUGCAUCAAGCACGCUUGCAACAAGCUGAAGAAGAAAAUCUCGCUAGUCGGUUACGCGAGAGCAUUGACAAUGAAAGCCGGUCUGAGCCCCCUCAACCGGAUACUUCGAGCAAUUCCAACGAUGGCUACGCCAUCCCCGCAACUUCGUCGUCCUCCACUGCACAGGACACUGCAAGCUCCGACCUACUGCAGCCUGAAGCCACGGCCCCAUCGCAAAGUCGUAAAAGGUCUGCAGAGGCGAAAGCAGAAACUCCUGCCUCUACGCUCGAAAACGCAAGCCCAGCCCCGAAACGCGCGAAACAAGAGGAAUACAAGAUAGUCUAUACGGUUGUAGUUGCGGACAUCGAGCCCCAUGACUCGCCGUCUGACGAGGUCAAGAUACAAACAGUAUAUUGCGCUGGAACAUACGCAACAAAGCCGGCCGCGAAUGGGGCAGCAUGGUCUCAUCUUUUACAAGGUUUUGCCAAGGCUGACUUCAACUGCGAACACAGCAUGGCCGAUGGAUGUAGCAGGAUCGAAAUAAAGGGUCUAAGACCUUUACAAGAAGAUCCGAAAACACCAGAGAUGCUAGCUGCGCGUUCUCGAAGCUCGCUAAUAGCUCAAGUCACCCCCAUGACAGUCCCGGAUGUGACAUUGAAUGUUGGUGUAGCCAAGUUGGACAUUGUUUACAUUGUAACGUUAAUGCAUGAUGACGGACAUUUCGACCCUCACAAGAAGGAGUCCAAUACGGAGAUUAUUGGCGUCUACCACAACAUAGCAAUGGCAAAAUGGCAUGCGCAUGCCACACUGACCAGAUUCUACGGACCAGCAGGCCGUAAUGCUGUGGGCAUCGACAAGAAGAUAGCGGAGAAGAAAGACACAAUACUUCGGUUUGCCAUCAGAGAAGGGCCUGAAACCAAGAUCAUCGAGGUUCUGAAGAAGAAGGUCGGCGGACCUAUGGCCAAUACUUGGUCUUCGAGUGGACCUCCGCCCAAUAUUCAUGGUAUCGCCGCCACACGUCAAACCAACAUAACCCCGCGACCCUGAGAGGAACAAAGUGUAACAAUACGCAUUGAUGCUUAUUACAGCGCGAAGAACACGAGGCCCACACGCGCAGAACAUGGUGCUACGUAUGUAGGCUAGGG